AUGUGUCCGUUGAGAUUCCUAUUGGUGUUCUUCUCGGCAAUUCUCGCCGGAUAUUUCGCAUGGAAGACGGUGAGUUCUUCGCCGGAGCUCAUCUCAGACGACUCGCCGGUCGAAUUGAAUGACAAACAAGGACUCAAUUUCAAAAAGAAGAUGGAGAAUGGGUUCUGGGUGUUCGUCGAUAUGGCAAGCGGAAAAUACCUCUGGAGGAAUUUCAAAGAGAUGAGAGGAGAAGAGAAAAGUCAAUGA